GCGUCGCAUGUUGUCCGGAAGUUGCGCGAAUAACAGACUGUCAUCCGAGCUGCUAGUCCUCUGCUUCCCCGAAAACAAGUAAAAAUUGUCGUUUAAAUCAUCACCAAGUGGAAGUCAAACUUAUUCCCGUAGGAAUAUGGACGACGACGUGUUGACGACUCUGAAACUGUUGAUAAUUGGAGAAAGUGGAGUAGGGAAGUCCAGUCUUCUCCUGAGGUUCACAGACGAUACUUUUGACCCAGAGCAGCCAGCCACAAUAGGUGUGGACUUCAAAGUAAAGACACUCGCAAUAGACGGGAACAAAGCAAAACUCGCCAUUUGGGAUACAGCUGGACAGGAAAGGUUUCGCACCCUGACGCCCAGCUAUUACCGCGGUGCACAAGGAGUCAUACUUGUAUAUGACGUCACAAAGCGUGACACUUUUACAAAGCUGGAAAACUGGCUGAAUGAAUUAGAAACCUACACCACACGCAACGACAUUGUAAAAAUGCUGGUCGGGAACAAAAUAGAUAAGGAUGAUCACGAAGUGGACCGUAAUGAAGGCUUGAAAUUUGCUAGGAAACACUCUAUGCUUUUUAUUGAGGCCAGUGCAAAGACCAAAGAUGGCGUCCAGUGUGCCUUUGAGGAGCUUGUGGAGAAGAUCCUCCAGACUCCAGGGCUUUGGGAGAGUGAAAGCCAGGGCCAGAAGGUCCGUCUGGGGGACCAGGACCAGGCCAGUGGCAGGGCAUGUGGAGGAUACUGUUCCAUACCCUGAAACUAACUAAAUGGAAAAAAGCACCAACCUGAUAGGAAUGACUACAGACCAGAACCAGAGAGUGAAAGAGAGAAGGGGAGAGGGAAGUGGAUGAGUACUUUUUUAAAAGUAGUGGAGUAGUUCUGUUGGUUCGAAUGGACUUUGCUGUUUGCACACUUCCUUUUCAACCAUUAUCUGUCACAUGUCACUGCUUUCUGUUUAAAAUAUUGAUGAAAGGAUCAUGCAAGAAUAGCCUCUUGUCUGAGGAAGUAUAGUAUUUUAAAUUAACUUAACCAUGCCAAGUGUACGUCAUGUCAUACAAGUACAUGUCUGGUUUGAGUUUAUCUUAUUGGCAACAGUGAUUCUGUUGUACAUUAAGGUGCAUCAGGUUAAUAGUGUAGUGCCUAUAACACAAACCAAUUUGUAGGUUACAGUACAUAGCUUGUCAAAACUUAUUCAAAAUGAUUAAGUAUAAUCAAAAUGGAAGUCUCCUCAGUCAUUUACUUCCAGAAAAACGCUUGCCCUGCUUUUGCUAUGUGAGCUGUUAACAUCGACUUCUAUGUAGCUGCAAGGUUAAAGUACACAAUGUUCUACAAGUCACAUACAGUGUAUUUGUGAGCUUUAUUAAAUGCAUACCACAUCACUUUGAUUGAGGAUAGUGAAGGAAGUGGCUUUAAUGUCUCCCAUUAUGCACCAGAACACUGUGAAUGCUCCCAAAGAAGACAUCUCAUAAUGGACCCCAGUUGCUGACACCACUUUACUUUUACCGUUACCCCAGUUAUUAUUCAUUUAAUGGUGAUUUCCAUUAAAUUAUAUGCUUACUAUAUAGAUGCUUUCAAAUGAACUGAUUUCUAUUUUCCCCUCUUAAUAUGGAAAUAUGCAAAACAAGUAAUCAUCUUUGUCUGAUAGGAUUUUCCACAACCAAACUUCUCUUUGUCUUUGCAUGGCAGAUCUGGAGCAUAACUUGGUCGGUGUGAGGUUUACAGUAUUGAGUGCUCUUGCAAUAAAAUGUGCUCUUUUAUUUACUUGAGCCCACUGCUAUUUUGCCUGUAUGCUGGUCCUGUAAGCUCCUUUUUCCACAUUUAUUUUGCAGUUUCUUUGUGUUGUUGUGGUCCAUAUAAUGUUCCACUGUCUUAGUGAAGGCAGUUCUCACACAUUAUAGUAUGAGAGCAUUCCUGAGGGCUUUGUUCCUUCCUAUCUUCAGCAUAUAUUUGAUGUAAUGUUGCUAUUUGUUUGAAUUCUGUUUUCUUGUCUCAAAUUCUGUUGAUUGACCUUUUCCCCUGCUUUUACGCCUGCAUUUUUCCCUGUGGCUUUUGCUGUGCAUCUGUUUGAAUCAUAUACAGCAAUAUGUUAAACUGAUAUCUGCCUUAACAUUGAAUGACAUUUGCUAGAGUUAUGGUCAAGUAACGUUUGUAUUGUUUCAAACUGAAAUAAAUGACAGCCUCAAGAUGCCGUCA